AAUCUUGAAUCGACGAAUUCUUCUGAGAGAGGGAACACUCCCUUCGUAUUCUCGUAAAAGCCUGUCAUUCAAUCGAACAAUGGCUACGACAAUCGGACGUGUGAUUGUUUACGGUGGCAAGGGGGCCCUGGGCUCUGCCUGCGUUACCAAAUUCAAAUCCCAGAACUGGUGGGUUGGAUGCAUUGAUAUGAAAGCUAAUGAUGCUGCUGACGCGAAUGUAAUUGUGAAGGGCGAGCACAGCUGGAAGGAGCAGGAAAUUCACAUCCUAGAUCAAGUUAAAGAGAUCUUAAAUGGUGAGAAGGUCGACGGGGUGAUUUGCGUUGCGGGGGGAUGGGCUGGUGGCAACUCCGCUAGCAAGGACUUCCUCAAGAACACAGAGUUGAUGUGGAAACAGAGUGUCUGGAGUUCCAUAAUUGCCUCCAGCAUUGCAACUCAUUAUCUCAAGGAGGGGGGCUUCUUGUCCCUGACAGGAGCCAAAGCUGCUCUGGAGGGAACUCCUGGUAUGAUUGGAUAUGGAAUGGCCAAGGCCGCUGUCCACCAACUGACCAAAUCCCUGGCGUCUAAAGACAGCGGUCUUCCCCAAGACUCUGUUGUAGCUGCUAUUCUUCCCGUUACCCUCGACACCCCCAUGAACCGGAAGUGGAUGCCCAAAGCGGACACCUCCACGUGGACUUCUCUUGACUUUAUAUCAGAGCUCUUCUGGAAGUGGUCGCAGAAAAAGGAUCGCCCGAAUAACGGAGAUCUCCUCCAGCUGAUUACCAAGGACAAUAAGACAGAAAUAACAUCGGCCUAAAAACAUUCCAAACGAAGAGGCAACAGUAUGGCUAGUCCACAUGACAUGACAUUUAUUGAAAACAUAAAAAAUACAGUAACUCUAUUACAGA